AUGGCCAACACCGCCACCUCACCGACGACCAUGACACAGAUGGCGAUGACAGCGUCUGGCCCUGAAUCCCACUGCCCGUCCCGUGGCGACGCCUUCCCGCCGUCCGUCGAGCAGACGUCUCUCCAUCUUGCGCAGGCACAGGCCCGCAUUGCCGACCUCGAAGCCCAAGUCCGACACCUCAACCAGAAGGCGGCGGCCGCCGUCAACCGAUGGGCCGGCUACGAGGAGGAGCUGCAAAGGCUCAGGGCACAAGGGGAGGAAGGAUCACCACCACCUCCGCCGCCCCCGAAGAACGAAACCGGAGAGAACAAGCGCACCUCGGGUGGGAUACUGGCCUCAGGCACAAACAGGCUCUCCGUGCUGCUCAGCCGAAACAAGUCCUCCCCGAACCUGAAAAAUGAUGCUGCUGCUGCUGCGGUGGCGCGCCCGCCGGGCUUUGAAACAGAGAAGCUUCUGCACGCUCUCAAGCGGGAAAUCUCGCUGCGCAAGGAGGCAGAGGGCAAAGUGGCGGCUACGAGCAGGGAAGUAGAGGAGUUGAGCGUCAGCUUGUUUGAGCAGGCCAACGAGAUGGUCGCCGAAGAGCGACGGGCCAGAGCAAAGCUCGAGGAACGCGUCAGCGAGCUGGAGAGGAGAGACAAGGAGAAGACGCGGCGGUUCGAGAAGCUGGAGGGAGCGAUGGCGCAGAUUGAACGGGUGAGGGCACUGCUGGAGGAAACGGAACCGCAGAUGGAUGAUGUCGUUGCCACUAUUCCGCAGCAAGCCGACACUGUUGUUGUUGUUGCUUGA